AAAGACGUACAGUACUGAAGAAACAGUGUAAUGUAUUAUACAGGAUAUCAGUGGGGGACAGCCAUGAAUCCGUUCAUCUUACUCCUGCUUUCUGACGUGAUUGUCGGUCGGAUGGUUCUGUACCAGCCUCAGGACGUUGUGUCCGCCGGUGUGAAUGACGCCGCAGUUAUCAGAUGUGUGGCUAAUGAAGAUCUAGAAGCUGGAACUCAGAUCGCCUGGUACAGAAGGAGAUGGAGAACAGGAGAAGCUCCUCUGUGUGUUAUAUCUUGUUUAUAUAAUGAUAAUACAUACAAAUAUGCCUGUAAGAAUGCUAAACACACGGCUGUCCUGCAGAUACGCAAUAUACAGGCUGAUGAUACUGGAGUUUAUUACUGUACUGCAGGGUCGACUCUGUCCCGAAAAUUUGGGAAUGGGACAACGCUGAUUGUUGCAGACAGCUCCACACCCAGCAGGUCAGUCCAUCUCCUGGCUCCUGCCCGGCCUCCUCUUCCUAACACCACCGUCCCGCUGGCCUGUGUGGUACAUGGGGCUCGUCACACAGUUCAUGUAACCUGGAAGAUCUCUGGGACACAUCACAGGGGCAGUAUGAUCUCCAUGGAGGAGCCAGGUGGGACCUCGACUUUCCUGAGCUUCAUCUCACUUCCCAGAGACACCUGGGACCAUGGGGAUAAUGUGAGCUGUGACGUCUGGUUUACUUCCUCUCCUGUCAGCGUCCACUGGAGGAUACCAGAGAUACCAGAGAGAGGUACUAAAACUCGAAGCUCCAAGGACCAGGAUUCUGCCGCUGAGGAUUCGAUUGUGUAUUCACAACUGGAUAUUAAUCAUCUAACCAAGGGUAGAAAGUAAUUCUAGGACAAUGGACAAUAUUAUAUGAAUAGCAGCCGUCUGAUGAGACGAGAGAUAU